AUGCCUGACAAACAGCCCCUCAGCCCACUCGUCCCCAGAAGCAUUCCUCAAACUACCAUACCCAACAUCGUUCCCCACCACCAUCACCAUCACUCUUCCACCCGCCAAACAGGAAGCAACAGCUCAUCUCCUCGCACCAUGCACAAUCGCUUACCUCCACUCAUGCUUCCCGGCGCGUCCCCGCGUCUCUCAACCCUCGAACCCUUCACCACUACGACAAGCCCUUCCACCUCCUUUCCAUCUCCCUCCUCUUCUGCAACUUCAGACCCUCUGGCAGACAUUCUCAGGUCCACACCUGAUCAACACGCCCUCAACGAAGAACAAACCUUGAAGCUCUGGCACAAAAUCCUAGUCAAGAUCUACCCACCAAAUGGGGGGUUCACCCAUGACCUCCGCACCGCUGAGAUCAACGGUGCACGUAUCAUUUGCUGUCUUGUUAAACAGGUCACCUGGCCUAGACCUGGGAGUGAGCCUGUUUCUUCUCCAAUGGCCGUCAUCUUGUGCAAGGGGGCUGAUGAGUACCAUCGCAAGGAUACAUGGGAUCGGACUUCAAGUCAAUUGUCGCAGCUGAGUAACAUUCCAGGACAGCCUUGGUGCGCUGUGGCGUAUGGGUGCAAGUUGGUGUGCAUGUAUAGGUGUACACAGAAGUUUGAAGGUUUUGAGAUGUUUAGGACGGGGAGUUGGAUGUUUGAUGUCGAGGUUCGGAAUGGGAGAGUUUUGUUGAAGCAGCUUCUGGAUGAUGUCAAGUUCGGGAGGUGGAAGGCUAUGAAUAAUGGGAGAGGGCCAAAUCUUCGUGGGCUUUAG